GUUCCGUCGUUCGUCCAGAAAGAAAAAAAGCGACGCCUGAGAGCGACGCUUGCAGCUGAUGUACCGCUGGCUCAAAAAUGGAGAGCGACACCACUUUCAGGAGAAUAAAACCCUUCGGGACACAUAAUUAUGUAGCGCAAGAUACCGACGGCUCUCGAGACCGGGGCGUGGAUAACGGCUACAACGGUGACCCGAAGAGGAAGCCCGAAGUGAGCCUAUAUUUGCUGCGGGAAGGACUGGCAGCUUCCCUGGUCUCUGUGUUUAUUUUGGUGCUGUGGGGACUCGUUCAUUUGUCGUUACAGCAGCUCGUCAUUGGCAAGCCGAGCGGAGACUUCAACGCAGUGAGAGCAAGACAGCACUUGGAGAAGAUCACCAGCGUGGGCCCUCGGCCAGUGGGCAGCCAUGAGAACGAAGUCCUGACAGUGGGCUACCUGUUGGAGCAGAUCGAGAACAUCCGGGUUGAGACCGCAGCGGGCCCCCAUAAAGUCACGGUAGAUGUGCAGCGUCCCACCGGCACUUUCUCCAUUGACUUUCUGGGAGGCUUCACCAGCUUCUAUGACCGUGUCACCAACAUUGCUGUCCGGCUGGAGCCUAAAUCCGGGUCGCAGCAUUUCAUGCUCGCCAACUGCCACUUUGACACAGUGGCCAACAGUCCAGGUGCCAGUGAUGAUGCAGUGAGCUGUGCAGUGAUGCUGGAGGUCCUCCAUUCUCUUGCCAAUCAGUCUACUCCUCUUCUUCAUGGAGUUGUCUUCCUCUUUAAUGGGGCGGAGGAAAAUAUCCUGCAGGCCAGUCAUGGUUUCAUUACUCAGCAUCCAUGGGCAAAGCAGGUGCGAGCCUUUAUUAACUUGGAGGCUGCAGGUGUUGGGGGCAAAGAAGUUGUUUUCCAGACAGGUCCAGAGAACCCUUGGCUGGUCCAGGCCUACGUUCAAGCAGCCAAACACCCCUUUGCCUCUGUGGUGGGCCAGGAGGUCUUUCAGAGCGGCAUCAUCCCCUCUGACACUGACUUCCGCAUCUACAGGGACUUUGGAAACAUCCCAGGCAUUGAUCUGGCUUUCAUUGAAAACGGCUUCAUCUAUCACACCAAGUACGACACCGCUGACAGGAUCCUGACCGACUCCAUUCAGAGAGCCGGCGACAACAUCCUGGCGGUCCUAAAGUACCUUGUGAAUUCAGAGAAGCUGGCCGAUUCCUCCGAGUAUCGUCAUGGCAACAUGGUGUUUUACGACCUGCUGGGGGUAUUUGUGGUGGCUUACCCUGCCCGUGUAGGCACCAUCCUGAACUACAUGGUAGCCACAGCCACCUUCCUCUAUCUGGCUAAGAAAGCCUCAAUGCCAGGCAAUGGGGGUGGCCGAUAUGUCCGGGAACUGGCCUGUGCCACAGGUGUAGCAGUCCUGAGUUGGGUCGUCACGCUGCUGUCGGUGCUGAUACUCGCUCUGCUCGUCACUCUGCUGGGCAGCUCCAUGUUCUGGUACAACCACUUCUACGCCUCCAUCUGCCUGUAUGGGGCUGCUGCCACGGGCAAGAUGGUCCUCAUCCACACCCUGGCCAAGAACUUGUACUACGGAGGUGUGCGGUUGGUGGAGCUGGGCGAUCUCUACUUUGACGUGAGCCUGUUGCUAUGGUGCUGCAGCCUGGUGUGGCUCACCCAGCAGGGCCUGUGCUCAGCCUACGUCCCCAUGCUCAUGGUGGCUUUCCCCCUGGCCACCAGACUGCUGCUGGCCCGAGAGUUUAAAAACAGAGGAGCGUCACUGAAGUACAGUGUUCUCUAUCUGUUGGGCCUGGGGCUGCCUUACGUCCACUUCAUGUUCCUCAUCUGGGUGGUGUUUGAGAUCUUCACACCUAUUAUGGGUCGCAGCGGCACCGAGAUACCGCCUGAGGUAGUAAUGGCCACCCUCGUCACCCUGGCAACCAUCUUCCUCUCCUCCUUUUUUCUGCAUUUCAUCUACUUGGCACGGAGCACUAAGUGGAUCCUGGCUGGUCUGGCAUCAGUCUUCGUCGUCACGUUCCUGAUGAUGUCCUGUGGCUUCCUCUUUCCUUAUUCGGCCAGUCCAGAAAGCCCGAGGCCAAAAAGAGUUUUCCUGCAGCACACGACGCGGACCUUCCACAACCUGCAGGGCCAGGUGGAGAGCCGGGACUCAGGUCUGUGGAUCAACAGUUUUGACUACACAGGCAUCCAGCACAUCACGCCUCACAUCCCCGACAUCAACGACAGCAUCCGCACCAGCUGCCGAGAGGACCGGCCCUUCUGCGGUUACCCCUGGUUCCUGCCCGUCAAGUUCCUCAGCAAGAAGAACUGGUACCUCCCUGCUCCAGAAGUGUCUCCCAGCUCUCCUGUGGAGUUCAGCCUGCUGUCCAGAGAGGAGACCAGCUGGGGGACGGUCAAGAUGACCUUCAGUGUGAAAGGCCCCAGUCACAUGUCCCUGUAUCUGAUGCCCCAUCGAGGAGCCGGCCUCUCCACAUGGUCCUUCGGAGACGGGACGCCUCAGUUCGAUCUGAGUGGAGAAUAUUUUGUGUUCUAUUCUCGAGGCCUCGACGCCCCCUCGUGGACCUUCUGGUUUGAAAUACAGCCCCCUAGGGACCCGGACCCCUCAGGCCCCGAGGGGAUGAUCUCCGUUGCCAUCUCCACCCACUAUUUCUUCGGACAGGACAGUAGGACUGCUCAGCUGGAGGAAGUCCUCCGCAGGUUUCCCUCAUGGGCUUUUCCUUCGUCUUGGGUCAGUACCUACGACAUGUACCGAUACUGAGGGACGCCACAUAUCGCAGAGGACGGCGCUGAGGAGAGCUGAGGGUCAAAGGGCCCCCCCCCUGAGACAUACAAACUGAUUUUAAAGGAACAAUACUGAGGACCAGCCCGGGCGCCUUUCCUCUCUGACACUCUAACACACUCCUGCUCCCUGAGAGACCCCCAUCACUGUGUCAGCAGGCUUAUAGCUAACGGAGCAGGAGGAGGCGCGGAGACACGGCAGAGGUAAGCCUAUCAGAGAGCUUACAAACUCAACGUCCGAGGCACCGGCAAACACAAGCCUCGUGCUCUCUCCUGGGUUAGCGAAACAAAGGGGUUCCGUUUUCCUUUUUAUUUUUUUAAAUCAAUCUGUCGUGCCUUUGCUUUACUCGAUCCAUCUCACCCUCCUCCUCCUCACUUUCCCUCAUGCCUCCUUCCUCGCCCAUUCCUCCUGAAUGAAUAACCACUUCCCCUGCUAACCCCUCAGAUUACAUCAGGCUUCCUAUGCAGGAAUGAACACUACCUGUAGAACCACUGUAGGUGUAGAUACAUACCGAUGGAUCUGUUUGACCCUUUCACUGACUUUGACUGGAAACGUUGACACUUUGAAAGUUGCUUUUCACCAACAUGUUUAUAUUCUGAGCAAAUCGUUUUUCUGUUAACAGUGAAAUUGCUCAUUUUAACUCCUCAGUAGCACCACUGAUUAGCAAGUCGUACCGCUGUGUUUACAUGAGGAACGCCAACAAUCUGGGUUAACUGUCAGAGAGCUGGCAACAGCUGACUAGAAUCAAAAUGUCAAUGUGUCCUUUAAAGGAGCAGCCUUCCUGGGGAGUCUGUGCAGAGGGCGAUAUAAGUCUUAAUGUUUCAGCCUGGUGGGAUCAACCUAACUUGUGUUGAAAUGGUCUUGAUGAGAACUCCCAGGGAAACAGGGGCAGUCUGAAUGUCCCGUGACUAGCAUUAUUCCCCGGGGCCUUGAGGGUGAGCGGCCGGAAAGCCAACCAACUCCACACUAUAAUUGUUACCAAAUGUCAUCACUAUCUACAGAAAAUACAGACAUUAGGAACAUAACAGACAUUAGGCAUCACCAAAAGCAGUUAUAUAGGUUUUAUUUAAGGGUAAAUUAAAUGUAGAUGCCCUCAAUCAUUUAAACCUUCACAUCGGUGCUGCUGCCGACAGCUCUUAGCAGUAUCUUAUCUUGUGUGUGUAUGGCUAAUAUUUCACAUAGUUCACUCAUCUCAUGUGGAGCCUUUCCAUCUAGAGCCUAAGUACCACAACUUGCUCCUUCAGAUAGCCGGCCCCUGACAGCACCACGGUACAUUCAGAAGAGAAGCGGCGCAGUGACUGGAGAGAUUGCACACGGGGGUAAAGGUCAACCUCUCCCGGAGGAAAUGCACUCUGCGUGUUGCACUUGGUCGCUCAUGUGAAAAGUGACACAAAUUGUAGUGUGCCAAGAAAGCUAGAGGAAGGUUCAAGGAUCACCGUAACAUCGGUCAUUUAAGUGCAAAGUGGUUGUUAAUGUUGGUUUCGGAAAGUUCUAGAAAUGAACAGGUGUGGGGGAGGGGCUUCACGGAGCUGUUUCACUCACCACCUACCUCAAGCCGUCUGAGGGAGUAUACUGGCCCCUUUAGUGUCACCGCUACCUCUGCAGUGAUCCAUACUUUGUGAUAACAGCUUUUAUUGUCCUCGUGUCGUGGUUUGAAUGUGACUGUUGAACAUAUGGGAAUGAUUUAGCCAACUCAUUUUAGAGAGAUUAUUUUUGAAUGGAUUAUAAAGCACCGUUAUGAUGAUCUGCAGUUACCUCUGAUUUCUGCAGUCGUUUAAAUCGCAUCUGUUAUCAAGUGACCGUCCCCCACUGAGGAAUCUGUUCAAACAACAAUGUCCACUGUUGCUUGUCUAAAGUUUGACUCCCUCUCAAUGUGACAUCGGGUUGUAAAGGCGUGGGAGAAAAACUCGUCUUUUGUCCGCUUUGUGUUACACAUGUCGUUGUGAUCCAUGUUUUCCGACAUGCUGACAUGAAGGAGGCCUUAACAUUUCGCUUCCAACGACACAAACGGUUUACUGUCGUGGACACCAACGACUCAGUGGUUUUUAAAGCGAUCAGGUGCUGCACUGUUUUUAUGCUGUUGGAGAGUUUAAAUUUAAAUCCAUCCCAGCCUUAGACGACGCUCGGCAGUUAACGGUCCUACUCUGCUCCUUCGCUUAUGCACACGUCUUUAAAGUACUCUAACUCCAUCUGUGUGUGAGAGCAGGUGACACAUCUGUCCUCAGUGUCCCUUCAUAAAACUAAACACAUCAGACCUCUCCUGUUAUGAAUUCACUUAGACUGUAUUGUCGGAAUAGUUUUUUGUAAUUGGCCAGUGAAAGAGAUUUGAUUCUACUCAUCAAGUUUGUUUCUUUUUGUCAAUCCUAAUAGGACCAUACCUGUGUUUUGUGUGCGUUUUAGCCAUUAACCCCAGAUACUACAGCAGUGAAAGCAAGUAAAACCCAUGGACAGUAGUUGGUAGUAAUGUAAAUGUGUGUGUGUGUAACAGAUGCUGCUGCUGCGUUAACUCAGUGCUGCUCUCCCCGAACCUCAACAGAGACACACACACACACACACACACACACACACACAUCAGUGCGUAGAUGCUUAUUUAAGUGACUUGAGUUGAUCUAAAUCUGUUUUAUUGAAAGUGAAUAUGCAGAGCGUCUCCGGGAGGAAAAGCUUUAUUAACAAGUGUAAAUGGUUAUUUUCUAAUAAUCUGUGGAAAAGUCAUAUAGUGAUUUUGUUAGACACUGAAGGAAAACAUGGAAACAAGACUUUUUUUCCCCAAAUGUUCUGAGCUUCAUAUUUCCAACAAGAUAACAGUUUGUCAAAUGACCUUCAGAGUCUGACCAUUUCAAGAUGUGUUUAGAGUUAUAAUAUGAAAUGUGUUGGCGGUUAAUGACUGACAAGAGGUCCGUUUGUUUCAAUAAAAGCCCGACCACAGGAGGAACUGCUGUAAACGUCGGACACAGAUGAACGACGUCUUGAUUUGCUGUGAAACGGCUCCCCUGACGCCGCUGGUGCUCCUCCCACUGUGAGAGUAAAGAAACACACAGAGAGCUUAACAUAAAUUAAACAGUGAUUUGAAAUAGUUUGCAACAGAAUCUGAUGUAUUAAUGUAACUCAGUUUAGACUGAGAGGCGGAGUAAAAUCACACUAGGAUGUUGCUUUACCUUCAUCACUCAAUGUACUGACAUCUAAUCUGGGACACAGGGAAACUGGAUGUCCUUAUUUUUUUUAAAGAUGUUCAAAUUGUUAACGCUUUUGUUCCAACAUCACUCAUGCCUACUUCUCUAACUGUUGUUCAAUUAAUGUUAUUUUUUUUUUAAACUGAUGAUUUUUGUUAAUUUGUGAUUUAUUUGAAAUGUUCAAUAACUCCUUGAACUGCUGUUUUGCUUCUUUUUUUUUUGAAAUUGCAUAUUUGUCUGUCAAUUGUAAUGAACUGAUUGAUAUGACUGGUUUUAUGGGAUUGAUCUGGUGACAGGGUAUCAUCUGUUGAUUGGACAGGAUGAUUUGAUCUUAUGCAAAAAGCUUGAAUUAAAUUAGCACCUGUACAGCAUUAAAAACGCUUAUUACAAUAUU